AUGAAAGAGGAUUUCGAGCCCAAUAUCCCACCUGCCGGGGCAGUUGCUUCAGAUAAAUGGGAAGGAGAAGAUGAAGAAGAUGACGUGAAGGAAAGCUGGGAAGAUGAAGAGGAAGAAAAAAAGGAACAGGCUGAUGGAACUAAACCAGCGGAAGAAAAGUCCACAGCUUACCAGAGGCCGAAGAAAAAACCAAUAGCUGAUAGAAUAGCUGAAAAGGCGCGAACUAAACAGAAGGAAGAAGAAAAGGUUGAGAAGACACCAGAGGAAAAACUGGCUGAGAAAAUUAGACUACAAAAGAUUCAAGAAGAAGCUGAUUUAAAAUUAGCUAAAGGUUUAUUUGGUGUAGGCGAUGCAUCUGGAAUAGACAGCAUGUAUCCUGAAACAAAAGAACAGUUUGAUCAAUUUGAACAAGCUUUGAAAACAAAAAUCACAUUUUUUGAGAGUAGCAAAUUGUAUUCAGCAUUUAUAGUAAAAAUUUAUCCAGAUUUAACCUUAACAUUGCCUGCUGAUGACAUCAAACGAAUUGGUAUUUCAUUAAAUACACUGUAUCAUGAAAAGGAACGACAAAGGAGAGAACAGGCAAAGACUCAAAAGAAAAAGAAACCAAAGGCCACAAUUAGAGUAGACAAGGCUGAUGACUUAGGUUUGGCAGAUGUGGCGGAAGGAGCAUAUUAUGAUGAUGAAGAGGAUGAUUUCAUAUAGCACUCCUGUACAUAGUCUCUUUUUCUUUUUUACUCAUCAUACUAUGCUGUCUUUCCACUGUGCCUAAUUUUUAAUGACCUUUAGACAUGUUAAACAGUGUAACUAAAAGAAGUCCAACAUAUUUAAUUUUCUUUAUUCUUGUAUUGUCAAAAAAAAGUUUUACUAUCCAUCC